AUGGCCAGGACCAAGCAGACCGCGCGUAAAUCCACCGGAGGGAAAGCUCCCCGCAAGCAGCUGGCUACUAAGGCCGCCAGGAAGAGCGCUCCCGCCACUGGUGGGGUGAAGAAGCCUCACCGCUACCGUCCAGGUACAGUGGCUCUCCGUGAGAUCCGCCGCUACCAGAAGUCCACCGAGCUGCUGAUCCGGAAGCUCCCCUUCCAGCGCCUGGUAAGAGAGAUCGCCCAGGACUUCAAGACUGAUCUUCGCUUCCAGAGCUCGGCGGUCAUGGCCCUGCAGGAGGCCAGCGAGGCUUACCUGGUGGGACUCUUUGAGGACACCAAUCUAUGCGCCAUCCACGCCAAGAGGGUCACCAUCAUGCCCAAAGACAUCCAGCUGGCCCGCAGGAUCCGUGGGGAGAGAGCUUAGAUCUACCCGGGACCCGCAUACAACACAAAGGCUCUUAUCAGAGCCACCAAAUUAUCUAUAGAACGAGCUGAUUCCUGAAUGUCUCCAGUUCUGUCCCGAUUCUCCGCCUGUUCUCAUAAGCAGGAUCCAGUAUAGUUCUCUAGAAUAAACCCUUUCAGUGCUGGAAAUGUGCAGGUAUAGAAUUGUCCUCUGCGGUAUUAGUUCCUGGGGGUGACCGGUAUUAUGGGGACUGCAGUGUAUAUUCUGGGGGUUACAGAGGAUCGGUCCCCUCCGG